ACAAAGAAUUUUCAUUCCAAUGACAGACCUUGACAUUCCAGCAGUAUUCCUUGAUAAGAUCUCACCACGUGGCCUCGAGGCGAUCCGCAAGACCUACGACUUUGUGCAUAACUACUGUAUUCCUGCGGAUGCUCUCUACUUUGACCAAAUUUCCCAGGAUCCCGAACAAAGGUGGAAAACCACUCCUGAAGUCACUGAAAAAUUGAAACAAAAGGCCAAACAAUUAGGUUUGUGGAACAUGUUCCUCUCUAAGCACUAUACCGAUGGACCUGGCUACACAAACUUGGAGUAUGGCCUUAUGGCGCAAUUCUUGGGCCGGUCGUUCGUGGCACCCGAGGCCACCAAUACAGGUGCACCCGAUACAGGUAACAUGGAGAUUCUCGCCAAGUUCGGCUCGGCCUAUCACCGGGAGCAGUACCUCCUUCCAUUGCUCCGCGGUGAGAUCCGCUCGGCGUUCUUGAUGACAGAAAAAGGCACUUCUUCAUCCAAUGCCUUGAACAUCUCAUGCUCGGCCCAGAAGAAUUCACACGGCAACUACGUUCUCAAUGGAGUCAAGUGGUUUGCCUCUGGUGCAGGUGAUCCUCGGUGUCGCGUGUGGUUGGUGAUGUGCAAAACCGAGUCUCUGGACAACAUCUACCGUAAUCACAGUGUGUUGGUGUUGGAUGCGAAAAAGGCUUUAGCUUCAGGAAAAGCCAAAUUGAUCCGACCACUCAGCGUGUUUGGCUAUGACGAUGCUCCUCAUGGACACUGUGAGGUGGAGUUCAACGACUUUGAGGUGCCAGCCGAGGAUAUGGAUAAUUCUAUCCUUGGUAAGGUGGGUAUGGGAUUUGAGAUCAUCCAGUCUCGUUUAGGCCCUGGGCGUAUUCACCACUGUAUGCGUCUUAUUGGUGCCGGAGAAUAUGCCUUAAUGAGGGCGGUGCUGAGGGCUGCCGGCAGAGACAUUUUCGGCAAGCCCAUGGUGAAGAGAGAAUCAUUUCUCAAUGCUUAUGGAGAGCAUAAGCUUUCACUUCAGAAAUGCCGUCUUUUGGUGCUUAAUGCAGCUCAUCAAAUCGAUAUUUCGAAUGCUAAGACUGCCAAAAGAGAUAUAGCCAUGGCCAAAAUCGAGACUCCCAGAGCAGUAUUGAAGAUUCUUGACUGGUGUAUUCAGGUUUAUGGGGCUGAAGGAGUGUCUCAAGACACAGAGCUUGCAAAGAUGUAUGCUCACGCUCGGACUUUGAGAAUCGCAGAUGGACCAGAUGAAGCACACCUUGGACAGCUUGCACGGGACGAGUCAAAGAAGUUUGCGGAGGUGGUGAAGUACUUUGAGGGACACAAGGCACGUCAAGACCAAGUCCUGAAGUUGUGAAACCAUCGACCCCCAUCGUCUUGCAGUAUAUAAUAAUACAUUUCCGACAUCUAUUAGUUGUUUCUGCGCUCCUUUAAUUUUCGUUGUCGUAUACUUUAUAUACAUACACUAAUACAAGUCAGACUUCGUGAAAUCGUUAAUCAACCCUCUCAGCAACAACAGCUUAGUUUUCUGCUUUUCCGCUUGAACUCUUUCCCUUUGAAUGGCCUUCAACUCGGCUUCAGCAGCCUCGAAUGGAAUAUUUUGUAACACCUCUAAAUGUUCAUCCUCAUGGUCGAUAUCCACUGCUCCCAUCAUCACUACAUUUUCUCCUCUGACCAUAAAUACUCCUCUAUAAGUUUCACCAAACCGGGCUGGCUUUUCCAAGCUCUUGCUUCCCUCUGCAUCCAAGUAUAUCCUUUCCGUGGUAUCCUGUAAUACCAAGUUGGCAAAUUGGUCAAACGUUCUCAAGACACCAAACAAGUUUCUUCCGUCUCUUAACAACAAAAAUAUCUUUCUGUCGACCGACCCGACAAGAGCUGCGGCUGUGGUGAAGGCAUACGCCUCUAAGUAUAAGUCUUCGGCAUUGGACGAUCCAUCGGAAAUCGAACGUGAAUUUGGAGCCGACAUUGGUGAGUUU